AUGACUUCUUUGACCGACAUUCCCGUUUCUGUAACUCCUCAGGUUGUCAACGGAAAAGAGUAUACAACAGUCACUAUCGAAGACAAUUUUUCGUCAAGUGAGGGAAGCGUGAGAUCGGAAAACCAAAAACAAGUUGUUACCUCAAAAGGCGGAAUCUCUGAGGAAAAGCACAAGACUUUCACUCCACUCAUCUCAGAGCGAGCUGUGGAUCAGCCACGACCUCUCAAGGUUAUCUACAUCGGCGCUGGCAUCUCAGGAAUUAUUGCUGCUAUCAAAUUCCGCGAAGCCGUUCCUGACUUGGACCUGACAAUUUAUGAGAAGAAUCCUGAGCUUGGGGGGACUUGGUAUGAAAAUCAGUAUCCGGGCUGUGCAUGUGACGUUCCAUCGCACGUGUACCAGUUGAGUUUCGAGUCAUGGACAGGCUGGAGCCAUUUCUUCUCCGGCGCAGAUGAAAUUCGAGAGUACUGGAACCGAGUAGCUCAGAAGUAUAAUGUUCGAAAGCACAUCAAGUUCCAGAGCCGCUGCGUUGGAGCACGCUGGAAUGAUUCGAUAGGGAAAUGGUUUGUGCAGAUCUUCGACGAGAAAACCGGAUCAGUAUUUGAAGAUUCCGCCGAUAUUUUUAUGACAGGAACUGGACUGUUGAAUGAAUGGAAGUGGCCAUCCAUUCCUGGCCUGCAUAGUUUCAAAGGCAAAUUACUUCACAGUGCCUGUUGGGAUAGCACUUAUGAUAUGAAGGACAAAAACAUCGCUGUAAUUGGAGCUGGUAGCAGUGGUAUCCAGAUUGUGCCCGCUCUCCUGGACAAGGUCAAAAGUAUGGAUCAUUACGUCCGCAGCAAGACCUGGAUCUCCAACCAACAUGGCGGAAAGAUUUUAUCAACACGCACAGACGGUAAAGGAGGAAAUUUUGCUUAUAGCAGCGAGGAAAGGCAGGCCUGGCAAAGCGAUCCUGCCUCUUACAUUGAAUACCGCAAAGGGCUUGAGUUGGAGCUACAGACGCUAUACUCCAAAACGCAAACAAGUAGCGCUCUCCAGGCCUCUUCUCGGGCUCAAUAUAAAGCGGAUAUGGAGCGCAGGUUGAAGGACAAGCCGGAACUUCUGGGAAAUUUGCUUCCCGAUUUCCCUCCACUUUGCAAGCGUCUCACCCCGGGACCAGGUUACCUAGAGGCCCUGACUUCACCCAAGGUGAACGUCAUCACCACAGGGAUUGAUGCAAUUGAAGAGACAGGCGUUGUGACUUCGUGUGGGACGCAUCGAGCGGUGGAUGCCAUUAUCUGUGCCACAGGGUUUCAGACAAACCCUGGAGGUGGAUUCCCUAUAAUCGGUCGACGCGGAGUCAAUCUACGCGAGAAGUACAGUGAGCGACCAGAAACCUACCUCGGAAUCUCGACCAAUGGAUUCCCGAAUUUCUUUCAGUCUCUAGGGCCGAAUUCAUUCCAAGGUGCUGGAAAUCUACUCAUCACGAUGGAGCAAGUUCAUACCUAUGUUGCAGAGAUCAUCUCAAGAAUGGCCUAUGAUAAUAUAGGUCUUGUCGAGCCGAAAGAAUCACAAGUCAAAAACUUUACAAGGUUCUCUGACAAGUACUUUGAGCGCACUGUUUACAGUGCUGAAUGCGCAAGUUGGUACAAGUCCUCGCCACCGGGGUCAUCCCUCGAAGAGCGAAAGAGAGGCCGAGUGACUGCACUAUGGCCUGGUAGCAGCCUCCAUGCUCUGAAGGCGUUGCAGAAAGUCAGAUGGGAGGACUACGACCUACAUUCAUAUGAUGGCAAUGAUUUUGGUUGGUUCGGAAAUGGGUGGGUGAUGGCUGAGCAGAAGCACCAUAUCGAUAGCGCAGCACUCAUCGGCUACCUGGACCGUACGGAAUUUGUGGAUGAAGUAGAUACAAAUAGUCCUCACGAUGCCUAG